UAUGUACCAAGUAGGCUGCAUACCAAGGAGAUUGUUUUUACAGUGAAACACAAAGGCGUGUAUAGUUUCCCAAACUAUGACUACAACUCGAGACCUCUGACACACUGGGACAGGGAACUAGUGCUCCCACAACUGGGGUGGAAAAGAUGCUCCUUUGGUGGUUUCUGGUGCUGCCGUUGCUUGGAACUAUUCAAAUAUGCAAAGCCAGAGGAUGCGACGAGUUCACAGACCUGGACCUCCAUCACGCGUUCAUCGGAACAAGCCUGGAAGUUCGACUGCUGCUGUACACCCGGGAGAAUUCAACCUGUGGCCAGCAGCUGUCCCACCACAACCUGUCUGCCCAGCCUCAGUUCAACCUCAGCAGACCCACCACCCUGGUCAUCCACGGCUACCGGCCGUCCGGCUCCCCACCCGUGUGGCUGUCGGACCUCACACAGCAGCUUCUAUCCACAGCAGACAUGAACGUUCUGGUGGUGGAUUGGAACUCUGGAGCGACGAACUUCAACUACUUCAAGGCUGUGGAGAAUACCCGAGUUGCCGCGGACAACAUCACCGGAUUCAUCCGUGACAUGCGGAACCACGGGGCCUCUUUAAGCACCAUCCACAUGGUUGGCGUCAGCCUUGGAGCCCACAUGUCGGGCUUUGUGGGAGCUAACUUCAAUGGCAAGAUCGGGAGAAUCACAGCACUGGACCCAGCUGGGCCUCAGUUUACUGGCACUGACCCCGAAGACCGCUUGGACCCGACCGAUGCCCAGUUUGUAGACGUCCUGCACACGGACAUGGACGCCUUGGGUUUUAGGAAACCUUUGGGUCAUAUUGACUUUUAUGCUAAUGGAGGAGCAGACCAGCCUGGCUGCCCAAAGACCAUCUUUUCAGGGGGAUCCUAUUUCAAGUGCGACCACCAGAGAUCCGUGUUUCUUUAUCUGGAGUCCUUGAAACGGACCUGCCCCAUCAGAGCCUUCCCCUGCCCCUCCUACACAGACUUCCAGGACGGGCACUGUAUGGAUUGUCAACAGUUCAAUACAUCUGGAUGCCCAAUCUUUGGUUAUGACGUCCUUAAAUGGAAAGAUGCUCUGGUGAAUCUACCCCAAUCCAAGGUUUUCUUUACCACCAAUGAAGUUUCCCCAUUUUGCCAGAUGACCUACAAGGUAGAAAUUGUGACAUGGAACCAGGAAACGCGUUGGUGUUUCUUGACCAUCAAACUACACAGUGGCAGCAAAGAAGCAAAAGCAACAAUCAACCAUAAAGCUUCAAAGUUUGAGAAAUACACCACCACUCAACUAUUGGCCCAGUUUGACGAGAACCUGGAGAAUAUCCAGAAGAUCUCUGUCAAGAUGUCCACCCGGAACGUGUUCAAGCCCAAGCGGAAACUACGUGUGCUUCGCAUCCGCCUAACAGACCUGGAGCGUAAAGACAGGCCUCUUUGUCGUUAUGACCUCGUCCUGAAGGAGAACAUAGAGGUGACCUUCAGACCCAUCCCCUGUGAGGACUCCAACUUCUAAGUAACUGGUCUAGUGUAGGCAUCUUUCAAAAGAAAUCCACGACACGCAGGUUGCUUAUAUUUGCAACUGAUUCGUUCAGAAAAGCAAAGCAUCCCAAAGCAAAGAGGCAUUUUUUCUGUCAUCAUGGAGUAUUACGUGUACAUAGACAAGAAAAAAGGAAUUUAAUCCGUAUUUAAGUAAGGUUACAACGUGACCUAAAAGCUUGUCAAAUGCACUAAGUUCAUUUUCAGCUAUUGUAAAAUACUUUUUUUUUUAAUGUAUUUGUGUUAUUUCAUCAUAUUCUUGUUCUUGAAUUGGAUAGAUUAAAUAAUUGGAAUAUACAUUAUUGGAAAUGUUGUCACGUGCAAAAUUAUAGUUAUUACAGUAAAAAAUGUGUGCAUCUAGAAGUAACUAACACAGCUAUUGCUUUGUAGUGUACAAAUAUAGGGUUGUGGUAGUCAUUAGAAUUUUUGAGCUCACAACAAA